UCCUAGUCAACCCUGUUGGGCAUGCGCAACGCUUGUCCUCCUAAGCCUGCUGGUCUUUUCCCGCCCUUCCCUGGCCUUUGGAGGCGGGUUAGAGUUCGCGCUCCACUGGGUAUACCUGCUUGAUGCCGGGGAGUGCGGGAACUAAUAGGUCACAGAAGUCUUUUCGGUCCUGAAUUUUCAAGUGACAAAGGACGUACUCCGGGACUGUUAACUAGGCCGAAGGCUAGGAGGCGGGAAGAGGUUGUGUGGGUGGGAUCAAGGGUGAGAGGUCAGAGGGCCACGAAGGGGGCGGAGCGAGUGGAGGCCGAUGGCGGUUCAUCUUCUUCGGCGGCGAAGGCACUGAAGCUGGGACGCGGGUCGGGCGCGUCCGGCGAAGGAAGGAGAGCGGCGGCUGCUCCCAACAUGCACAGCCUGGCCACGGCAGCGCCUGUGCCAACUGCACUGGCUCAGGUAGAUAGAGAAAAGAUCUAUCAGUGGAUCAAUGAGCUGUCCAGUCCUGAGACAAGGGAAAAUGCUUUGCUAGAGCUAAGUAAGAAGCGAGAAUCUGUUCCUGACCUUGCACCCAUGCUGUGGCAUUCAUUUGGUACUAUUGCAGCACUUUUACAGGAAAUUGUAAAUAUUUAUCCAUCUAUCAACCCACCCACCUUGACAGCACACCAGUCUAACAGAGUUUGCAAUGCUCUGGCAUUACUGCAAUGUGUGGCAUCACACCCAGAAACCAGGUCAGCUUUUCUUGCAGCACACAUCCCACUUUUUUUGUACCCCUUUUUGCACACUGUCAGCAAAACGCGUCCCUUUGAGUAUCUUCGGCUUACUAGUCUUGGAGUUAUUGGGGCCUUGGUGAAAACAGAUGAGCAAGAAGUAAUCAACUUUUUAUUGACAACAGAAAUUAUCCCUUUGUGCUUGCGCAUUAUGGAAUCUGGAAGUGAACUUUCUAAAACAGUUGCCACAUUCAUCCUCCAGAAGAUCCUCUUAGAUGACACUGGUUUGGCUUAUAUAUGUCAGACAUAUGAACGUUUCUCCCAUGUUGCCAUGAUCUUGGGUAAAAUGGUCCUGCAGCUAUCCAAAGAGCCUUCUGCCCGUCUUUUGAAGCAUGUAGUAAGAUGUUACCUUCGACUCUCAGAUAAUCCCAGGGCACGUGAAGCACUCAGGCAGUGUCUCCCUGACCAGCUGAAGGACACAACCUUUGCCCAGGUGCUAAAAGAUGAUACCACCACGAAACGCUGGCUUGCACAACUGGUGAAGAACCUGCAAGAGGGCCAGGUCACCGAUCCACGGGAGACAGAACCUCACUCCAGGCUUUCAGGCCAGUGACUGAGAGAGACUUCCGUAAGGAGGUGACUCUGGCGCCAACUGGUGGACCAGCGAGUGAUGGCGUCCCUGAUACAAGAUCGUCUGACCACCGAUGAGGACC